AUGAAGAUUGCCUUGCCUGCUCUGUUUUUCCUUCUCUUUGUCUUCUCCACACAACACCAAACCCUGAACCUAGCUGAAGACGUGCUUGACAUCACGGGCAAUCCUGUGGUCUCUGUGAAGUUAUAUCACAUCCUGUCCGCCGCCAACACAUCGUCCGGAGUUGAACUCGAUCAAAUUGACGCGAAUUACUGCUGCCCAGUUUCCUUGGUGUUGGGCAUUGAUCCCAAGUUUGUGUAUUUUGCAGUUGCUGGUUCAGAAGAGACUGGUGAAAAUAUAACCACAGAUAAUGCCGUGACUAUUUCAUUCGCUAAUCCUCCUAUAUGCGCUACAUCUCCCAAUGUCAGUGUUAAAAUUCGUGAGCAUGGAUGA